UGCUGUGCUGUGCUCUGCCUGGGGUACCGACUCAUACCCACAAUGCUCCUCUGCUCUCCUCAGACAGUCCUGACAACCAACCACAGCUUAGCGCUGCUGCACUCUAAGCAAACAAAACAUGUACAUAUUGCCAGGGUUUGGCUAUCUGAUUCACCAUCAAAAGAGGAUGACUAACUGAGGAUAUCUCUCUCUCUCUCUCUCUCUCGCUCUCUUUCUCUCUCUCUCUCUCUCUCUCUCUCUCUCUCUCUCUCUCUCUCUCUCUCUCUCUCUCUCUCUCUCUCUCUAUCUCUUAUUUUCUUUCUUGUCUUUGCAGCAUCUGUCUAGCAGACACAGUGUCCAGCAAAGCACAACCCAGGUACAGCAUACACUCUGCAGUUGCUAUCAUGCAUAAACUGUUUUUGAAUUUGGGGCAACAGAAUGCUAACAUCAUGUUAUAAAAUAAUCUAUGCACAAUAACUUUCCCUACAGGGUGACAGUAUCCCUGUCCCGUCUCGUCCCCACAGGGUGACAGUAUCCCUGUCCCGUCUCGUCCCCACAGGGUGACAGUAUCCCUGUCCCGUCUCAUCCCCACAGGGUGACAGUAUCCCGGUCCCGUCUCAUCCCCACAGGGUGACAGUAUCCCUGUGCCGUCUUGUUCCCCUACGGUGACAGUAUCCCUGUCCUGUCUCAUCCCCACAGGGUGAUAGUAUCCCUGUCCCGUCUCGUCCCCACAGGGUGACAGUAUCCCUGUCCCGUCUCGUCCCCACAGGGUGACAGUAUCCCUGUCCCGUCUCAUCCCCACAGGGUAACAGUAUCCCGGUCCCGUCUCGUCCCCACAGGGUGACAGUAUCCCUGUCCCGUCUCGUCCCCACAGAGUGACAGUAUCCCGGUCCCGUCUCGUCCCCACAGGGUGACAGUAUCCCUGUCCCGUCUCAUCCCCACAGGGUGACAGUAUCCCUGUCCCGUCACGUCCCCACAGGGUGAGAGUAUCCCUGUCCCGUGUCAUCCCCACAGGGUGACAAUAUCCCUAUCCCGUCUCGUACCCACAGGGGUAACAGUAUCCCUAUCCCUUCUGUCACCCCUGUGGGUACAAUACCUGUGCCUUCUCUACAGGGUGACAUUAUCCCUGUUCCGUGUCGUCCCCACAGGGUGACAGUAUCCCUGUGCCAUCUCGUCCCCACAGAGUGACAGUAUCCCGGUCCGUCUCAUCCCCACAGGGUGACAGUAUCCCUGUGCCGUCUGUCCCCUACGGUGACAGUAUCCCUGUCCCGUCUCGUCCCCACAGGGUGACAGUAUCCCUGUCCCGUCUCGUCCCCACAGGGUGACAGUAUCCCUGUCCUGUCUCGUCUCUACGGGGUGACAGUAUCCCUGUCCCGUCUCGUCCCUCACCAUGUCUUACUCUAGCAUACUACACUGUAAAAAACACCCACAAAUCGAGUUGUUUCAACUAAUUGUUAUUAAGUAACUAGUUCCACAGGCUUUUUUUUUUUGUUUACUCAAUUUUUCGGUCAAAGUGUUUUCAGGGCGUAACAUUUUUAGCUGGCCCAAACUUAAGUCCAACAUGAGAAAACAUAGGCAAAAAUUCAGUCAAGUUAAAAUGAUGUGUUUGCUCAAUUUGUCUCAUAUGGUCAUUCAACUCGAAAAUUAUAAUUUUUGGUAUCUUACCUAAAAAAGGCUGUGGAACUACAUUUACAUUUUAGUCAUUCAGCAGACGCUCUUAUCCAGAGCUACUUACAGUUAGUGCAUUCAUCUUAAGAUAGCUAGGUGGGACAACCACAUAUCACAGUCAUAGUAAGUACAUUUUUCCUGAAUAAAGUAGCUAACAGUAAUGUCAGAGAUAGUAAGGGGGAAAAAGUGAAGUGCGAGUGUUAGAGCAUGAACCUGCAGGAGCGAGUCACUUCUUUAAUGUUAGCGGAGAACGACAGGGUGUUGUCCAGGGUCGCGCCAAGGUUCUUUGCACUCUGGGAGGGGUACACCGUGGAGUUGUCCACCAUGAUGGAGAGGUCGUUGAGUGGGCAGGCCUUCCCCAGGAGGAAGAGCAGCUCCGCUCCGUCUUGCCGAGUGACUUGGUGUAUGGAGAGAAGAGGAGAGGGCCUAGAACCGAGCCCUGGGGGACACCAGUAGUGAGAGUACAUGGUGCAGACACAGAUCCUGUCCACGACAGCUGGUAGGAGCGGCCUGUCAGGUAGGAUGCAAUCCAAGAGUGUGCAGAGCCUGAGAUGCCCAGCCCUGAGAGAGGGUGGAGAGGAGGAACUGAUGGUUCAUGGUGUCAAAGGCAGCGGAUAGAUCUAGGAGGAUGAAAACAAAGAACAGAGAGUCAGCUUUGGCAGUGAGGAGAGCCUCAUUGACACAGAGAAGAGUAGUAUCGGUUGAGUGACCCGUUAGGGUCAAGAAGAUCAUUCUGAGAGAGAUAACGUGAGAGUUGACCAGAGGCAGCACGCUCAAGUGUUUUGGAAAAAAAAGAAAGAAGGGAUACAGGUCUAUAGUUUUUGACGUCAGAUGAGUCGAGUGUUGGUUCCUU